AACCCGGACAGAUUUUCGAGGCGGACUGGAAACAAACGCAGAGCAGACGCUGGAGGGAGAUUUGAGCAACGCGUUACAGGGACAGUCGGUCUCAAACUUGACCGACGACUUCACUGAUUGACUUAUUUCCUGUUUUAUCCAUAUAAUUUCGUUUUUGGCGUUAUGGAGUCAAAUAGUGACAUAAAAUCGACGCCGAGAGGUUUUCACUGCACCCUGUGCAAGGUCAACUUACCAAACAAGCCAAGCUUGGAUCAGCAUGUGAAAGGGCGGAAACACCAGACGUUGUCCACUGUGCGAAGCACUAGGAAGAGCCAGGAAGAGCACAGUGUGUUUGUCAGCGGCAUCAAGCCUGACAUCUCUCAGACUGACCUAACUGAGUACUUCCAGCAGUUUGGGCCAGUUACAGAUGUUAUCAUGGAUAAAGACAAGGGUGUUUAUGCCAUCGUGCAGUUCAGUGAGACAGACAGCAUACAGGCAACCUUGUCCUGUUUAGAGCAUCAGAUGAAAGGCCUGAAGCUGCGUGUCAAACCCAGAGAAAAGAAGGAGUUCAAGUUGAUUCCCAAGAAGAAGAACGACUCACAGAACCUCCAACAAGUUCUCGACCGUCUCAAACCCCAGCUCUGUCAGCUGCCGUCUGUGAAUGCACAGAUGCAGUACAUUGUAGAGCGAUGUGAGCUUGGAGAAAAUGAAAAGAAUGCUCGAGGUUUGUUGGUUCAACUUCUGCAAGAGGUUUUCAUAGAGUUUUUUCCAGACAGCCAGAUCCUACCGUUUGGUUCAUCUGUCAACACUUUUGGCAUCCACUCCUGUGACUUAGACCUGUUUCUAGACUUGGAAAACACCAAGGUCUUCCAGGCCCGUGCCAAGUCCACUGCAGAACAGGCGGGGGAGGGCAUGUCAGACGAUGGGUGCUCUGAGGACUCCAUCCUGUCUGACAUUGACCUGUCCUCGGCCUCUCCAGCUGAAGUUCUGGAGCUUGUGGCAGCAAUCCUGAGGCGCUGCGUCCCCAGUGUGCACAAAGUCCACGUGGUCAGCAGUGCUCGUUUGCCUGUAGUGAAGUUCCAUCACCGGGAGCUCAACCUGCAGGGCGACAUCACCAUUAACAACAGACUUGCAGUAAGGAACACCCGCUUCCUGCAGGUGUGUUCAGGGAUGGAGGACAGACUGAGGCCUCUGGUGUACACCCUCCGCUACUGGGCCAAACAGAAACAGCUGGCUGGUAAUCCCAGUGGUGCCGGACCCCUGCUCAACAACUACGCUCUGUCACUGCUCAUCAUCUUCUACCUGCAGAACUGUGAGCCUCCUGUUCUUCCCACAGUGAACCAGCUUAAAGACAUGGCCUGUGAGGAGGAAAAGUGUGUGAUUGAGGGCUGGAACUGCACCUUCCCCAGUCAGCCUAUUGCUGUGCCGCCCAGCAAAAAUACCCAGGACCUCUGCACCCUGCUCGCUGGCUUCUUCUCCUUCUAUGCAAAGUUUGAUUUUGCAAGUAGUGUUAUAUCUCUAAGGGAGGGACGUGCACUCCCAAUCACAGACUUCCUCUCACCGAAUAAAGGAGAGGAGGCCAUGCAAGAGGAACAACCCACCAAGCCUCAUCAAACUGGUCCGAGACUGGGCCCCCUAAAUCUCUUGGACCCCUUUGAGCUUUCCCACAACGUAGCUGGAAACCUGAACGAACGCUCUCAUCGCAGCUUUCAGAAGGAGUGCGUGGAGGCUGAGAAGUAUUGCCGCAGCCUCCAGUACCAGCGCAAAUCCACCAAGGGGAAGUCAUGGGGGCUGGUGCGCUUAUUCACCCCCCACGGGGAAGUCCCACGCACCAAAACGGAGCAGCUGACCAUCAGCAUUCCUUUCAAAUCGGCAUCGCUCCCAGAAGAGCUGCGCAAUCAGCUGCACAUGGCAGGAGACGGUUUCCGUCUGCUGUGGUUUCAGAAGGUUUGCUCUGCGGUGGAGGAAGUAUUCCAAAGUGUACUCAGGUGUCACCUCGCUCCCUCCACAGAAGCCGUCUUUGGCGAGGAUUCAGUUGUCGAUGCAGCUGAGGAAAUGGAAAGUACUUCAGCCUCCCUCAACACAUCAAUAAAUGACAGCUGUGACAGUGUUGAAUACCCCGAUGAAACCAGCCCUCUGGGUACAGCUGUGGUUGGUGCCAAGAGGCGGCUGUCUGCCGGCAGUGAUGGCUCUGUGUCACCUCAAGGAAAAAAACCGAGACUGGCAAAAAGGGGCAAGCCCGAGUUCCCUCACUGGAUCUGGGUGCAAAAACACAUAGUGUGGGCUGGCAGGAGAAAGGUGAGAAGGGAGCUGAUCAAAGACACCGACUCAAGGCCAGAGGGCAGCUGUAUGGAGCUGGAGUCCCAGGUCACAGCUCACAUUGUUGAAAAAGAGCUGGCGCUUAAAGACCCACUGAAAUUCAAGGUUCAGCCACAGAUGAUGGGUGGGACAGAAAGCACAAAGGCAGUGCUGAAGUUGGAGCCAUUCAGUGACAAGGAAGGAGUUUUUCAUGACUUCUUUCAUUUCCUGGAAGCUUUCCUACCCAAGAUGGUAGAGACAUUGCUAGAGAAAGAAGUGGGUAGCAGUUAAAAAGGGAUGUAUUUGAAAUAUGUCUCCAUUAAAUCUAAAAGAUUUGGGUUCUUUUUUGUUUUGAAUCAGAGAUUUAAUGACUGCAACUUGAAUGAACCCUUGAGAGUAGUUCAUAAAAGAGCAUUACUGUGGCUUUAUAUUGACCAGCCAUCCAUAGUAAUACUGUAUAUUAGGUAUGGGCUUUUUCAGAGUGUCAAGUUUGUAAUUGUUUUCAAAUAUACUGUAUUUUUGUACUUAUGUGUUUUGUUUCAAAGUUACAUUUCCUGAUUAAGCCUUCUUUUAUGUUUGAGAGGUGGCUUGGUUUUAGUAAAUUUGUUUAAAAUAAUGCUCUUAAGUGAUGAAGCUUUGAAGGGAAACAUCAAUGGCAGAUAUUUUGUGUAGACAGCAUCUAAUGGUGUCUUGAAAACAAUAAAAAAAAUCUUUGUAGAAACACUGCUUCACA